GGCCUGACAGUUGCUAAAAGAAAAGACGGAGGAGAGGGUACGGCCAAGAGUGCCCAACCAUAAACAAGAAAGAAGAGACUGAAACUGUCCUGUGCAUUCUUGAAUCCAGGCAAACCGUUCCUCCCAACCCACUUCUCCGAUCUGGACGCGAUGGAGGUGGUGAGAAGAGCUGCUUAUGCCGGUUCGUGGUACACCAGCGACGCUAGGAAGCUGGAAGAGGAACUUGAUGGUUGGCUGAGGGAAGCUGGCAUCACUAAGAAUCCAGAUGUUAGGGCAAUAAUUGCACCUCAUGCUGGUUAUAUGCACGCCGGGAGCUAUGCAGCUUAUGCUUUUGGCAAUAUCAACCCGUCUAGCUUUUCUCGGGUGUUUCUUCUCAGCCCUUCCCAUCGCCACUACACUGCAAAAUGUGCUCUCACAAAAGCUACAGUCUAUAGCACACCGAUUGGGGACUUGCGAGUAGAUCAGGAAGUCACCGAAGAACUCAACAAUACAGGGAAAUUUGAAUUAAUGGACCUUAGUGUUGAUGAAGCUGAACAUGGUUUCGAAAUGCUUUUACCCUACCUUUCUAAAGUCUUUCAGGGCCACACUGUAAAAGUUGUUCCUGUCCUUAUUGGCUCUCUUGAUUUUGAGAACGAAGCCAUGUAUGGGCAGCUGCUUGGUAAAUAUCUAGAUGACCCAAAGAACUUCUUUGUUGUCUCCACAGACUUCUGCCAUUGGGGAUCCAAGUACAAGUACACAUACUAUGAUGAGAACCAUGGUGCCAUCCACAAGUCCAUCGAGGCAUUGGACCGCAUGGGCAUGGAGAUCAUAGAGGUUGGCAGCCCCAAUGCUUUUAGCCAAUAUAUGCAAGAGUACAAGAACACCAUCUGUGGUCGCCACCCCAUCAGUGUUUUCCUUCAUAUGUUGAAGCAUUGCUCAAUGAAGGUUAAGGUUAAAUUCACUCGUUAUGACCAGUCAAGCCAGUGCAAUGGCAUGGAAGACAACAGUGUGAGCUAUUGUUGUGCAGUAGCCAAGGUGGAUCCUUCAGGGGAAGACGAGAAAAGAGAGUGAGACAAAAGUGAUUUUCUUCAUCCUUGGCGUCAUCUGCUUGUUCUCAUGUAUAACAAAACUUUGUAAUAAAAGGUUAUGGAUCUAUAUGAGCUUUGCUCAUUGCAAUACAAAGGCUCUACAGAACAAGUAAUUAAAAACUGAGAAAAGGUGUAUAGCUGUGGUGGACUAGACUAUUCCUUCAUCCUUUCACCUUCAUAUUUCCCACAAAUGAAUCAUCCCUGCUAUCGUAGCCACAAUGAGCAAGAAUGUUGGUUGGAGGUUUU